GAACGUGCGCAAUAACAAAUCUCACGUGCAUCCUCCCGCGCAAAACCGCGCGAGAAGACACGUUCCAAUGAUUUGAAUUUCUAAAUUGCGCUCAAAUCCUCAACAUGCUUUAUAAUACCUCAAUUUUCAACUUGUAAAGUGACUUAUCAGUUAUGUUGUAUAUGGAGCAAAAGUUUGCUCCUUUGUGAUCUGUGAUCUAAGUCCAAUUGUGUUUCAAAUUAUCAAAAGCAGCCAGAAUGUUUACACGGUUCGAUGCCAACAAAUCGACUAAAGGAGCCAGCAAACUCAGACGGGACCUGAUUAAUGCGGAAAUAGCUAAUCUGCGAGAAUUGUUACCUUUACCACCUUCUACAAGACAGCGACUUUCUCAGCUUCAACUAAUGGCUCUAGUCUGCGUUUACGUUAGGAAAGCUAAUUAUUUUCAGCAAGCAUUCAAAUGCCACGAUGUUGGAUUGCAUCAGACGCCAACGCCCAAUAUAGGAUUCUCUAAGGCGUUGAGUGGCUUUCUAAUGAUGAUGACGCAAAACGGAAAACUGUUGUACAUAUCCGAUAAUGCUGCAGAGUACCUGGGUCAUUCCAUGGUGAGUGUUCUAAAGGAGGAUUUGCUCAUCCAUGGCGAUAGUGUUUACGAUAUAAUUGAUAAACAAGACCAUCAAGCCAUUCAAUGUGAACUGGGCAGGCCAGUAGUUAAUACAGGAACCAAUAAUAACGCACAGGAAGAAAAUAGAUUAUUUUUAUGUCGAAUGAACGUCUCAAGAAACGCUCGGCGCCAAAUGAGAUUCGGCGACCAAAAAGUGGUAUUAGUACAAGGGCGUUAUCUCUCUUUUUUGCCUCUAUGCAGUAGAAACGAGCCGGUAUUUUUGGCAACUUGCACACCAGUUGCAAUGCCAGAAACGCGUGAAUGCGUCGUACAAGGAGCGACCAAUGUCUUCACCUCCAUCCAUUCGAUGGAUAUGAGAUUCAUUCAUAUAGACAACAAUGGAGAAUUCUACUUAGGGUUCCCGCGGACUGAAUUGCAAGGAGUUUCGUGGUACCGGCUCCUGCACUGGGACAGUACUCGUGAGGCUCAAACCAAACAUCGACUAACAAGAGCGCUCCUGCAUCUUGCUGGCUCAAAUACAGCGCCGCUCUGGAGACUGGCUUUGGAUGCAUUGCGUGCUGCAAGUGAAGGAAAGUUCCGAAAACAACCAGCAGCCUGUAAUCGUCUGCACCAACCAAGUGCUCUCAGAAGCUGAGGCCGCGGUGAUGCGCACCAACGGGUGGUUGUAUCAUUACUAUUCCGUCCAGAACAAGUUACAUUACGGACUAGCAUACGAUGGAGCUCACCCAGCUUCGAGACUCUUAUACUAUCCCGAGCAUAGCGGUCAUGGAACUUCCGAAUUUGGAAGUUCUCACGAUGUGACAGCUUAUCCCCAUUUAGCUACCAUGCCAGUAACUCUUCAUACGCAGCUAGCGACGCACCAUGCAGGCGCAGCGACGCAUGCACACCAUAAUCAACAUCACCACCACCAUCACCAUCGGAGAGCUGAUUCGGAACCGGUGGAUUACAGCUACGGAAAACGGAAACCUAAAGAAAUCAUUCAUUUGGAACUGCAUGUAGACGCAGCAACUGAAGCCGAUGCUGGUGGUGGCGGAGAUGGCCUUCUAGUAAUAUCCCAUCUAUCGGAACGCCCGCGAACCCUCCUCAAGGUCGACCCUCAAGACUUUAUGGACCAAUGGAAUCCAAGUCCGCCCUGGUCAGAUACGCUGCAGAAAGUACCGGAUAUGUGUCAUCAGGAGUUAAGUCCUUAUGUUGGAAGCACUCCUCCAACACCUACAGCAACUCCAAGCAUGCACAUGGGAGGAGCGUUUUCUUUCGACUGGACCCCUGAACAGUUCGUACCGUCAAUGAGUGGAACCCCUGCGGUAACUGGAUCAAUCGAUGAAUUAGAACGUCCACUUUUUUGGCCAGCUUCUGAAAGGCAAUUGUUUCCCCUACAGCCGCCACCCAAAAGAAAUCACCCAUCUAGCGGCAGAUCUGACUCAGCUGAUCGAGAUACUCCUUAGCUCGGAAGCAAUCUUAGAUUCAUAGUGCAAUAACCGUACCAUUCUGUUGAAUUUCAUCCGCAGACACCUUAUUUAUAUUGAUAUGGAAACGUGGUCAGUAAAUCAAGUUGCAUUUUUCGAAGGAUUUCAUUUGGAAAGUUUAAUAAAAUUAUGUGUCUUUCGCACCUAUCUCUCAGCGGUAACAGAAAAGUGCAUGAAUAUUUAUGAUUAUGUCUUAGGCCACAUUAAGGGUUGACGUUCAGCUAAACUUUCACUUUGAUUUACUAGCCUUAAAUUGUAUUUGCGAAUAUAUACAAAGUUCCUAAAGUAGUUCACACUUUUAAUGCGUCUUGAUAAAAUGUUUAAUAUUUGUUAAACACUACUAUUUAUUUAAUGGAGACCAGUAAUAAGAAUGUGAUUUAUAAUGCAAAAAGCAGACGUUGUAAAUACGGUUAACUGUUCUUUCUAGUAAACCUAUACAUUUAAAAUGUAAGUUCCUAAGAAUCAAUAAAUUAUUUAAAAUAUUUAGUGUAAUUAAAUAAGAAAUAGAUAAUUGUGUAGUAUAAUAAUUGACAAAUAAUAUAAAGUGUUAUCUAAAUAAAUUCUAGGUUUCCGAAUCUCCAUUCUGUGGGAUACAUUCAUGGAAAGGUUAUGGGAAUUACGUGAAAUUCGAUUAGAUCACUAUUCUCAUUCAGCCCAGCAUUGUUAGGUGACAUUCAUUUGAAGUGAUCGAUAUCACAUCAAUUUAAUGUGUGUUAAUGUGUAUCAGUAUUAUUAUUUGCUAUUAAAAUGGAUCUGUUAUUUGA